AAGCAGCAUAUUUGUCCGGAGCUAUGAUCUAUUUUAAGUCUAACACAAAGCCGACUACAUCUUUCAAUGGAUCCCCAAAUUGAGUUCCUUGGAUAAUUGGGUUUUUAGGUUUAGGACACCUUCAAUUUAUAAAAAAUUAUCAAAUCCCCAACACCCACCCCACACAGAGACGCGCGCGACAAUUUGGGGGAUAAUAUCUGCAGGGUUUUGAAUAUUAGGGUUUAAGUGAUUGCUACAUUUUCCAACAACACGCCAUGUCUUCCACACUGGAAAUUGAAGCUCGAGACGUGAUCAAGAUUGUACUUCAAUUCUGCAAAGAGAACUCCCUGCAUCAAACUUUUCAAACUCUGCAGAAUGAGUGCCAGGUUUCGCUAAAUACGGUUGACAGCCUUGAAACAUUUGUGGCUGAUAUUAAUAGUGGAAGGUGGGAUGCAAUCUUACCCCAAGUUGCACAACUUAAGCUUCCCCGGAAGAAAUUAGAAGACCUAUAUGAGCAGAUUGUUUUAGAAAUGAUUGAACUUCGGGAGAUUGAUACCGCACGUGCUAUAUUAAGACAAACCCAGGUGAUGGGAGUCAUGAAACAGGAGCAACCGGAGCGGUACUUAAGACUUGAGCAUCUACUGGUUCGCACUUACUUUGACCCAAAUGAGGUGUAUCAAGACUCAACAAAGGAGAAAAGACGUGCUCAAAUUGCACAAGCUAUUGCCGCAGAAGUUUCAGUUGUUCCACCCUCAAGAUUAAUGGCUUUGAUUGGUCAGGCUCUGAAGUGGCAGCAGCAUCAAGGUUUACUUCCACCUGGAACACAAUUUGAUCUGUUCCGAGGAACAGCUGCUAUGAAACAAGAUGUAGAAGAUAUGUACCCAACAACUCUUGGGCACACUAUCAAGUUUGGGAAAAACAGUCAUCCAGAGUGUGCUCGUUUCUCUCCAGAUGGACAAUUCCUCGUUUCUUGUUCAGUUGAUGGAUUUAUUGAGGUGUGGGAUCACAUAAGUGGAAAGCUAAAGAAGGAUCUCCAAUACCAGGCUGAUGAAACGUUUAUGAUGCAUGAUGAUGCUGUCCUCUGUGUCGAUUUUAGUAGGGACUCUGAGAUGAUUGCAUCUGGAUCGCAAGAUGGGAAAAUCAAGGUUUGGCGUAUCAGAACUGGUCAGUGCUUGCGCAGGCUGGAGCGCGCACAUUCUGAGGGUGUAACUAGCGUCAGCUUUUCUCGAGAUGGAACUCAGUUGUUAAGUACAUCAUUUGACAGCACUGCCAGAAUUCACGGCUUGAAGUCAGGGAAGAUGUUGAAGGAGUUCCGUGGCCAUGGAUCAUAUGUUAAUGAUGCCAUCUUUACUGCUGAUGGUUCUCGUAUCAUAACUGCAUCCAGUGAUUGCACGGUGAAGGUUUGGGAUGUGAAGACUACGGAUUGUCUGCAGACAUUUAAGCCUCCACCUCCUCUGAGGGGAGGUGAUGCAUCUGUGAAUUCUAUUCAUCUUUCCCCUAAAAAUGCAGAUCACAUUGUUGUAUGCAACAAGACAUCAUCAAUAUACAUCAUGACACUCCAAGGGCAGGUUGUGAAAAGUUUUUCAUCCGGUAAAAGAGAAGGUGGAGAUUUUAUGGCAGCCUGUGUAUCUCCGAAAGGGGAAUGGAUUUAUUGUGUUGGUGAAGACAGAAAUUUAUACUGCUUCAGUCAUCAAUCUGGCAAGCUAGAGCAUCUAAUGAAGGUACAUGAGAAGGAUGUGAUUGGUAUCGCUCAUCAUCCCCAUAUAAACCUCAUUGCCACUUAUGGUGAAGACUCCACAAUGAAAUUAUGGAAGCCUUAAAACUCUUUCGAAGCAUUUGUUGCUUACAUAAUUUGCAUUCAUUUAACUGCGUGGAGCAGUUUUGGUUUGUAGAUUUAUGAAUAUCUUGUAUCCUUUUAGCUAAUGUAUUUCUUGCAUUGGCCAUAUUCACUCGUCUUUCUUCUUUUUCUCUCCAUAGAGUGACUAUCUUGGUUGUUUGUAAGAUGUAUAGCCAUCUUUUUUAUUGCUUCAGAGUUCUCUUGUAAUUUUCAAGUUGAUUCAAUCUUUAUGGCAUCAUAAAUCAUAAA